AGUGCAAACCUGUUGAUAGGACCUAUGUGUUGGCAGAUCGUGAGAUGCUUUUUGUAUUAGAAAGCUUUACAAAAUCAUUACUUAAACCCAGGCGUAAUUUUAUUAUUCAAACAAUGGCUAAAAGCUCAUUUGAAUAUGUUAAAAAGUUCGAACUAGAUGACACGUUACUACCAAAUUCCUGGAUUGUCGUGAGGCUAGACGGCAAGUGUUUUCAUAAGUUUUCAGAUGAUCAUAAAUUUGAAAAACCUAAUGAUCUAAGAGCACUCAAGCUCAUGAAUUAUGUGGCAUUUCGAGUAAUGAAAGACUUUAACGAGAUUUUGAUGGCCUUUGGCCAAAGUGAUGAAUACUCGUUUGUUUUUAAAAAACAAGCAAAUCUUUACAAGCGACGUGCGGCUAAACUUUUAACUGUGGUUAACAGCAAGUUUUCUUCUUCAUAUGUUUAUUACUGGAACAAGUUUUUUGGAGACGCAAAGUUGCAAUAUCCGCCGACUUUUGAUGGGCGUGUGGUCUUAUAUCCAUCUGAUCAAAAUUUAAUAGACUAUAUGAAGUGGAGGCAAGCAGAUGUGCACAUUAACAACCUUUACAACACAACGUUCUGGAAUUUAGUUUUAAAAGGAAAUUUGACUCCAAGUGAGGCUGAGAAGCGUUUGUGUGGCACAGUGUCAGCAGAUAAAAAUGAAAUACUGUUUAAAGAAUUCAAUAUAAACUAUAACAAUGAACCAGAAAUAUCCAAGAGAGGCACUAUAUUGCUAAGGAAAACUGUGAUAAUUAACAAUGAUGCGAGUGUACAAAAGUCUGUGAUUGUUGAUGUCCAUGAUGAUAUGCUUAAAGACAAUUUCUGGAAAGCACAUGCCAGUUUAUUAUUAGAGAGGCCAAAAGAAAAUUUAGUACACAAUGGGCCUGCAACAGACAUAAUUAAUGAACAAAUAAAUAUAUUUAAUAAAGAACUAUAACAUUAUAUUU